UAACAAAAAUAGCUCGGUGACGUCACUGCCGCUUUCUCGAUGAUCGUCGGAGAGCAAUGGCGGCGUUCCGGGGAUCUUCAUCAAGAUGGUUUUUUACCCGGGAUCAGUUGGAGAACACCCCGUCCCGCCGUUGUGGAGUCGAGCCCGACCGGGAGCUUUCAUAUCGCCAGCAAGCGGCGAACCUGAUCCAAGACAUGGGUCAAAGAUUGAAUGUCUCCCAACUGACAAUAAAUACAGCAAUUGUUUACAUGCAUAGGUUUUAUAUGCACCACUCCUUCACCAAGUUUCAUCGAAAUACAAUAUCUCCUACUACCUUGUUUCUGGCUGCUAAAGUGGAGGAGCAACCACGCAAACUUGAACAUGUGAUCAAGGUUGCACAUGCUUGUCUGAACCCCCAAGAAUCUCCACUUGACACGAAAAGUAAUGCAUACCUCCAGCAAGCUCAAGAGCUGGUGAUACUUGAAUCCAUAGUGCUGCAGUCCCUGGGCUUUGAAAUAACUAUUGAUCACCCACACACUGAUGUGGUGAAAUGUUCCCAGCUAGUACGAGCAAGCAAGGAUCUGGCUCAGACUUCCUAUUUCAUGGCUACCAACAGUCUCCACCUCACAACCUUCUGCCUCCAGUACAAACCCACUGUGAUCGCCUGCGUGUGCAUCCACCUCGCCUGCAAGUGGUCCAACUGGGAAAUCCCAGUUUCUACUGAUGGGAAACACUGGUGGGAGUAUGUGGACAACUCUGUCACGCUGGAGCUUUUAGAUGAAUUGACCCACGAGUUCCUGCAGAUUCUUGAGAAGACGCCCAGCAGGUUAAAGAGAAUACGCAACUGGAGGGCAACACAGGCAGCCAAAAAGCCGAAAUCCGGAAGCACUCAGCUUUUAGACAACUCCUUCCCUGGCCCCUCUGUGCUCCAGGACCAUGCCCUUGGUGAGAGCUCUCUGAUGGGAACUUUUGCAAAACCUGGCUCCACCUUCACUGUGCCCAUGCCUGGCCAGUCCGGAGAUGCCCACAUGUCUCUGAACACUUUGGUGGGCACAUACAACCCAGCCAGCCAGAGUGAGUGGCCGCAGAGCCGGCCAGCCGGAUACCCGCCGUCCUGUGUCAAGCAGGAGCCUCUUAGCCCCCUUCAGCAGGAGCAUCCGCUUUCCCUGCAGCCUUCAGCUUUACUUCAACAGUCAUCCACGUGCAAGACUGAGAAGACAGAGGUGCACUCAGUCAAGCAGGAACAGAAGGGAUCUGAUCGGGGGAGGCAUGCCACCUCCUUUGCUCCCCCACCAGCUCAUCCCUCCCCGGCUCAGAAACUGUCUCUGGACAAGUACAGGGAGAAACACACAGCGGAACUUUCUAGUCAGAAAACUGCUGACAGUGAUGUAAAGGGGGACUAUUCAUAUUCCUCUGCGACCAGUGCGGCGUGUACCAGCCAAGUAGAGCACAGAAAACAUUCGCAACCAAUGUCUCAGCACGCACCAGGGGGCAGCGCGAGCAUUAAUGCCUCCCCCUUGAAGAGCAAAGCUUCCUCCUCAUCCUCAAGUCGCCACCACGGUGAGAAGCGCGACAAAGGUUCACUGAAGCUUCGCCUGCCCGUCCCUGGUUCUGGCAGUGGCUCUCAGCUUGAUCGAGGAGCGGCGCAGAGCAAAGACGAGCUGAAGAUGAAGAUAAAAGUGACGUCGUCCGAGCGCCACAGCUCCUCAGACGAAGCCACUAGUAAAAGCAAACAUUCCAGCCCUCUUGUGAGCAAGGAAAAGGCGCAUCGCGCCGCGGAGCACAACCCUCAUCGCCAUCACAAACACAGUCACUCUAAUCCCAACUCACACAGCGGAAAUGGACGUGGAGUCCCCGAAGGCAGCCCUGGAGGCCUCCUUCGAACUCCUCCGGGACUUAUCCACAUGGAAGGGCAGAGCCUUUCUCACCCCGGAUCUAGCUUCCCUUCAUCUCGCAAGAGGAAUAACCCGGACUCCAGUCACAACCACCACUCCUCCUCCAGUUCUUGCUCCAAGCUGAGCAAAAUCAACAAGGGCGGCACUGGUGCUGCAGGUGGGCUUCGGACCUCUCAGCAGUUCCUUCCUCCUAGUGAAUCACCACAUGAAUUGGGGGAGCAGAGACACUGAGUCGUCCUUUCUGCAGCCAUGUGGAAGUGGCACCAAACUACUAUGCUUGCCUCCUUGUUAAGUGCCCUAAGAAAAUAACUGAUAAACCCUUUACUGAGAAGCAGAAGAGAACGGUCUGCAAUAAAUUGUACUUUUCCUUUUGAGACUGAAGAGAAAGAUUGGAACACUUCAUUAUCUUGAGAUGUGAUGCUUCCGUUUUUUUUUUUUUUUUUGUUGGUAUUGAUGUUCUCCUUUCUGCUCAAAUUGACAGAAGCGAGUGGGGUGUGGUGGCUUUAUGAGUGUUCCUUCUUAUAUUUAAACAGAUUAUGAGGUCCUUCCAAAUUUUCAGCCUGUAAGGUCUUAGUUUCCCACUGAGAUAAACAGAGGCCAGCUGGAGAUGGGUUGUGUUUGAAAGCAUUCCUUUCAGUUCUGGUUUGAAGCACCGUUCAUUUCCUUUUUUUUUUAUUUGAUACAGUCUGUGUGAUAUGCAUGUUUCAAUCAUGAAAGGGGUGUAAAAGGAGACUCUUGCUGUAAAAGUGAAGAUAAAUGUACAUACGUUUUUGUAUGUGAGAAUAUAAAGAUUAUAUUAUGACUACUCAGGUUUGGAGCAGAUUGUAACUACGUCGGCCCGAAAAAAACCUUUUAUUGAACAGCAAAUGGAUUACGACUGACCUCAGUGUGAUGUUUUACCUGCAGAGGGCGCUGUAUGAACCUUUGAAUGCCAAGUAUGCUCCAGUGAUCAAAGCGUAAAAGGAGUAACAUAUUUGAAACUCCAAAGAUGCCAUAGCCUCCUCCGUAUUCAAAAUAAAUCCUGAAUUGUACACGGUUGUCUUUUUGUUUAAUAUAUAUUAUUGUAUCAAAUGCUUGAUAGAUAAUGGUAAGAU